GCGCUCCCGGCCGCUCGCUGGCUCUGGGGCCGCGGCGGCUCCUCAGCGGGGUCGCGCCGGAGGAAGGCCCUCAGGCGGCGGCUUGGACGGCCUGCGGACGGACGCACGGACCGACGGGUGGGCCGAGCCGCAGGCCCCGCGCCCGCCGUCUCGCCUCCGCCAGCGCCGGGCCGCGCUAUGGCCUCUUCGCCGGGCUCGGGCAGCGCCAACCCGCGGAAGUUCAGUGAGAAGAUCGCGCUGCACACGCAGCGCCAGGCCGAGGAGACGCGGGCCUUCGAGCAGCUCAUGACCGACCUCACCCUGUCGCGGGUUCAGUUUCAGAAGCUUCAGCAACUGCGCCUGACACAGUACCAUGGCGGGUCCUUACCCAACGUGAGCCAGCUGCGGAGCAGUGCGUCGGAAUUCCAGCCGUCCUUUCAUCAAGCCGACAGCGUGCGGGGCACCCGCCACCACGGGCUGGUGGAGAGGCACUCGAGGACCCGCUUCCACCCGCUCCACCGACGGCCGGGAGACAAGCCGGGGCGGCAGUUUGAUGGUAGCACUUUUGGAGCCAAUUACUCCUCACAGCCCCUGGACGAGAGUUGGCCAAGGCAACAGCGUCCUUGGAAGGAAGAAAAGCAUCCUGGGUUCAGGCUGACAUCUGCGCUUAACAGGACCAAUUCUGAUUCUGCUCUUCACACGAGUGCUCUAAGCACCAAGCCCCAGGACCCCUAUGGAGGAGGGGGCCAGCCGGCCUGGCCGGCCGCGUACAUGGGUUUCUGUGAUGGUGAGAACAAUGGACUUGGGGAAGCGAUGACUUUCCCUGGUUCCCUGAAAGAAGAGAAUCUGUUAAACGUUCCCAAGCCACUGCCAAAGCAACUGUGGGAGACCAAGGAGAUCCAGUCGCUGUCGGGGCGCCCUCGAUCCUGUGAUGUUGGCGGCGGCGGCGCUUUUCCACACAACAGUCCAAACAUGGGCCUCUCCCCCUUUCUGGGGACCCUGAACACCGGAGGGUCCCUGCCAGACUUAACCAACCUCCACUACUCGGCGCCGCUGCCGGCCUCCCUGGACACCGGUACCCCCCUCUUCGGUGGCAUGAGUAUGGGGAACAGUGUGGGCAACCUUCCAGCUGCUAUGACUCACCUGGGCAUCAGAAGCUCUUCUGGUCUCCAGAGCUCCCGGAGUAACCCCUCCAUCCAGGCCACACUCAAUAAGACAGCGCUUUCCUCUUCCCUGAACAGCCACCCGCAGACAUCGCCCAGCGCCUCUGCUCUCCACCCUUCCCUGCGCCUCUUUUCCCUCAGCAACCCCUCUCUCCCCACCACAAACCUGAGCGGCCCCUCUCGGCGCAGGCAGCCUCCCGUCAGCCCUCUCACGCUCUCUCCUGGCCCCGAAGCACAUCAAGGUUUCAGCAGACAGCUCUCUUCCACCAGCCCGAUGAACCCAUACCCUGCCUCGCAGAUGGUGUCCUCUGAUGGGAGCCCGCUUUCCUUCCUGCCCACAGAGGCUCAAGCUCAAGUGUCCCCACCUCCCCCGUACCCCCGGCCCCAGGAGCUCCCCCAGCCUCUCCUGCAGCAGCCCCACGCCCAGGAGCCCCCUGCUCAGCAGCCACAGGCAGCCCCGUCCCUGCCACAGUCAGACUUCCAGCUCCUCACGGCCCAGGGCUCGUCUUUGACCAGCUUCUUCCCGGAUGUGAGCUUUGACCAGCAGUCCAUGAGGCCGGGCCCAGCUUUCACCCAGCAGGUGCCCCUGGUGCAGCACGGCCCCCAGGAGCCACAGGACCCGUUUCAUUUGAGACCAAACCUGUAUUCCAACUGCGGGAAUUUCCCAAACACCCUCCUGACAGAAGACUCAAGCUCCGGCCUGUUCAGAGACCUCGGCGGGGAGCUGGAGGGCAUGCCCGAGGUCAGUCUGAACAUGGACACCUCAUUCCCAUUGGACGAAGAGCUCCAAAUCGAGCCCCUGAGCCUGGAUGGGCUCAACAUGCUAAGUGACUCCAGCAUGGGCCUGCUUGACCCCUCUGUCGAAGAGACGUUUCGAGCCGACCGACUGUGAACCGAAGGGAACGGGGUGGAAUAAUUUAUAUCUGAACAGCUAACGUGAAACGGAACAGAAUGGAGCCCGCGGCACCCCUGGGCUUUUGUGACCCCGGGCUUCUGACAUGGAAAGAACCAAUUCCACGGCUCCCAGCUUUCUGAUGAGGUCCGACCUCACACACAGUGACUCAUCCUGGACCACAGAGCGAGGCCCCGCCUCUCGGGCCUGCGGUGCAGGUGCUGCCACUGCCGGACGGCUCAUUCGGAACUUCCGGUGAGCUGGUCAUCACCGCGACCAUCACCCCGCCGGUCAGCGUGUAAAAGGAAAAACGGUCACGGGCGGAGGCCCCACGUCACCACCGAGGAAGGACCUGCUGGGGUGGAGGCAGGUAGGGGCCCCAGGCCUCCGAGAGUUGGCUCAGCCUCGAGCGACGGUACCACAGCCCCAGACGCCUUCUCUGCCCCGGCUGUGAUGGCUGGGCCCCUGCCCGCUGGCGGCAGGGCUAUUCAGGGCAGAAUGGAGAGCCGCAGCUCUCCGAUGCCUUAAUUCUAAUAUGAAGAAGAAUUUGCACCGUGAGUCCAAGAGCAGACUCGAGUUGAGCAAGCUGAAUGGUAGUUGGUUUUCUUCCCAUCUGUAAUCUCCUUUCUGCUGCUUCAGUUCGCCUUUUCCUCUGGACAAGAGGAGAAGGAAGAUGAUUGUGUUCAGUCACUGAAGGAAACGUCCCUGAAUGAAGGAGCAGCGCGUCUUGGGGACUAGAAGAAAGAAGGGGGGCUGCAGGUGUCUCGCAGCCACGUGACCUCCUUCAGCCAAGCUCUGGACCAGCUCCAGGGGUGCAGGCCUCUGCGCACACACCACCUGGAGGGGACGGCCGAGGUCUGGCGCAGACGCAGCCAGCAGCUGAGCAGCAGCAGAGCGAAGCUCUUGUCUGUGGACUGGGAGUGAUCAUGUAACUCCACUGGACCCUCCGCUCCUUGGGGGCAGCAGGGACUGUGCCUUACUCACCAUUGAACCCUCAGUACCAACAAGUGCCUGGCACUGAGCAGGUGCUGUGUAACCGCGUGCUGAAUGUGUGAAUGAAUGAAUGAAUGAAUGACUGCAGGAAUGAAUGCAUCUGCCUGCUGUAAGGCAGUCUAAUCUCCACUGUCCCUAUUCCUCGCCAAAUCUUCUCAGAGCUUUCGCUUUUCGGACACUUGUGCCUGUGGUUAGGUCACGCGUGCACUUUAAUAUGCUUUUAACACUAGGUGAGCAGACCCCCCGUGAGACUGGGCCCGUCCUCCAGGGUGAGCUCCAAGCAGGUAGGUGCAGACUGUCUUCUGAGCGCGUCCCCGUGGCCAGGCGAGCUGAGGCCGCCCAGUGCUGGGCCCCUGGGGUCCGGCAGGCCUCCCCUCAAAAGUUCUUCCCUCUCAGAUCCAUGGUUUGCUCUAAAUUGCUUUAAAAUGGAGCUUCAGUCUUUGGAGUUGAAGGACUUCGGUAGUAAAACGAAGGCCUACUUCCUCAAACCAUCGUUAGUCGUUGGUAUAUGAGCAUAAAAGAGUAUUAUUACCAGAUUCCCAGUGUCCUCUCCCUUAGGCUGGGCCAGCCCGACCAGAAACCUGACGGCUGGGUUUGAAGGGAGCAGAGGGGACAGGGCCUGCUGGGCGCCCCUUGGGAGGGGUCUGGGCAGAAUCCGGGCAGGGAGACCAGGCGGAGAGGACGGGCACUAAAGGAGAGGUGAGAGAUGCCGGAACCUUUGCCUAAACAGCCACUGCCCGUCCAGAGAUGCCAGGCGUGCCCUCCCUGAAGGUCACGAGGCUGCUCCAGCCCCCAGCCGCGCGGCUGUGUCUGCGGGCUGUCACACUCUGUGCCUCACGCAGGAGGAGCCUGUCCCAGGGUCCCGGGCACUGACCUCUGCCCUCCGGCCUUUCCAGCAGCCCUGGGGGUGACCAGCUCACAGCCCCCAGUUCCUGCUGUUGAAUUAGGAGCUCAAACCAGAGUCCCCCUUGCCGAGGGCUGGCUCAGGAAGGAACAGUUGGCCUCCCCUUCCCAGCUUUAUUCCAGUUGAACGUCCAGAUCCCUGAAAAGAUCUGAGAGGGGCCCGGGGAGUGGCUGGUAAAGCAAAGGGCCUUUCCUUGUGAGGGCACACAGCACCCCAGGUGCCGAGAGAAGCCAGCUCCGGCUGCCUUCCCUGUGUCCAAGGCCCCCAACAUCUGGUCUGGCCUUUCAGACAGAACGGUUCUGAUGUUAUAAGAGGUUUUUAUUAAGGGUGGGGGUCCCAGCAUAAUUCACUCUUUGCACAGUGCCUUACCCAUGGGGAUCAUCAGUGUCGGGGUCCCAGCUCUCUCUGUCUGCGAGGCAGUCCCGCCUUACAGUUGGGGACCCCGAGACCUACAUGAUGACGUGCGCUGCCCCAGGGGCUUCCGGGAAAAGCGGCUGUUUGGGGGAGAAUAAUAAUGACAAUAAGACUUAGCACUGAAUUGAAUUUGUCCUUAGGUCCAUCAGCCCGAUCUUUUCCUGUGGAAAGGUUUUGGGCAUUAACAACCCCCUUUGCUUAGAUGGUGGCAAGGACAACCACGAGCAGGUGGUCGCUCUGACCUUCAGCGGGUAAGUGCACUCACUAGUGCCUUUAAGACAAGCCAGGCGCGAUCCGCAGCCUCUGAUGUGGCUGCAUUCUAAAUAUUUUUCAAUAUUUAGUUUUGUUACAAGAAACCGAUGCCUGUACUAUCACUUACUAGGAGUUAAACAGCAUAGAACUAAAACCUUCUCUUUCCAUUUUUUCUCUCUGUACGGUUGUGGUUUUUAGGACAUAAAGUGUUCGGAGAACAUUUUCUUGAUCAUGUCAAGAUGAACAUGAAUUCUCCUCUGUCUGUUUCCUUUCUCCCAAGUCUACUGUAUAUCCCCUGAGCUGAACUGUUUGUUGUGUAUUCCCGUCCAUUUGCAUAUCUGAAGACAUUUCCAGUUCUGACUCUCGUCGGCUCCUCUGAUUGAUGCGCAGAUGGUUCUGAGCAUGUUUUCAUUGCUCAUGACGGAACCAUCCCAGCAACGAAUCAGACUCCCCGCCAGUGUCCUAACUCCCAGGUCCCUUGUCAAACAAUAUUUAAAGAUUGGACUUUGUAUAAAGUAGCUUCCAAGUUUUAUAAUGCAUCAUUUUACAUCUUUCGUAAUUAAAAGCACAAUGAGGUUGUACCUGCA